AUCAUACAAUAAAACAUGUCGGAGCCGGCCAAAGAUGAGGCUGGCUCUUCAUCCUCCUUUAAGCUACCCUCAAGACAAUCAUACUUUACAACAUUGUCAGCGAUCGCAUUUGCUUCAGGAUUAGGGAUAGCAGCUGUUGUAACGAUACGGAGAGGAAGAAAGAUGAAGAUGGAGGAUAUGCAAACGAUAAGCAGACCAUUGCAAAAUUCUCAGCUUACACAAAAAAGGAUAAAGGAUGAAAGUCCGCUGGGAAAUGCUUCUUCGAAAGGAGUAUUUGCUUUGUUUGGCGAAAUGAAUCGUUCAAUUUUCAAAAAGCAAGAUUUACAGCAUGUGGAAGAUACUUCUUCUUUAGCAGGACCAUCUGCUUUAAGAAGAAGUACGAAUGAACAGACGUCUCUUCGAGGAAAGAAUGUACAGGAAUCAGUCUUUGACUCAAAUAGUUCUGCUCCCCCACCAGUCUUUGACUCAAAUAGUUCUGCUCCCCCACCAUCAGUACUGAUGCGAUCAAAACCAAAGCCGGAAGUGGAGCAGGGGAAGAAACCAAUUGCACAAGAUCAGAUACCUCAAGUCAAAGUUCCAAUCGGCGAAUCACCGGUCGUGAUGGCGAUCAAGGCAAUCGGAAUAGCGACUGGAAUCGUAGGAAUUGCAACUUGGGUUUCGAUAGAGAUCGCUUGUAGGGUAUUGCACGUAAAAAAUAUGGACGAAUUGAUCGAAAAGUUAACGUCAAUCGUACCUGCAAGUGAACGUAAGAAUGCCGUUUUUGAUAAGAUCGGACAAUCAGCUCGACAAAGUUUGGAAGGCGCAAUCCGUAGUCAUGAUAAAGCAAGCGAUAUAGAUACGGCAGACGCUUAUUCCGAUUCGAGAUUGCGUACCGGUGAUUCUGAUAGAAACGGAGAUGCACCUUUGCCCGUUGGAGAGGCUGUCAAACAACUUGAUGAAGCCGUUGAGCGUGGAGAUGCGGCUGCUUGGAUGGAAAUUUUGAGCAGACAACUUAAUGCAGAACGCAGAAUCGAAUUAGAGGAACGACAAUCACGCAUGUCUGCCUCUUCUUGAUGUUGCAAUAUAACAAUGUACCAAUACAACUACAAUAUAACAAAACUUUUGUAUAAAUAUAAUGCAUUCC